AUGCCGACACUACCACCAUCCUCGUCGUUGCUCCUCCUCCUGGUUGUUCCUCUCCUUUUCUGCUUCGCGGCCGAAGCCGAGUCGCUACCGUCACCCUCCUCCUCUGCCUCCGCCGCGUGCAAGUACACCCUCUACCCCAAGCUCUGCCGUUCGAUUCUUUCCACCAUCGGAUCCUCCCCCUCCGACCCCUACAACUACGGCAAGUUCUCCAUCAACCAAUGCCUCAAAAAGGCACGCAAGGUCUCCAAAGCCCUCGACCGCCCCAAACGCUACUCUUCUAUGACCAACGCAGAGGUUAACGCUUUCAAGGACUGCCAGCAGCUGUCGGAGCUGAACGUCGACUACUUGGAGGCCAUCGGGACGGAGCUAAAGUCGGCCGAGCUUCUCAACGAGGAGCUGGUGGGUAAGGUGCAGACUUUGUUAAGUGGGAUAGUGACAAACCAGCAGACCUGCUUCGACGGGCUGGUGGUGGCCAAGAGCAGCAUCGUUAACAGUAGCACGAGUCCCUUGUCCGUGGCCUUCUCUAAUACUACGCAGCUCUACAGCGUGUCGCUCGGAUUGGUCACUCAUUCUCUGGCUCGAAACCUCAAGAAGCAUAAGAAACGGAAAGGCUUUGUCUCUCACGGUCACAAAAUCCGGGAGCCACUUGAAACAUUCAUCGAGGGUCUACGGAAGGGUUCUUCCAAAAGGUCGAGAGAUGAGAGAAUUCUAGACGAAAUGGAGAGCAGCGGCAUUAUUGUUUAUGAUGCAGUCAUUGUGAGUCAACAUGGUUCGGACAACUUCACUUCCAUUGGAGCUGCCAUCGAUUCCGCACCUAAUAAUACAAAGCCAGAAGAUGGAUAUUUCGUUAUCUACGCUAGAAAAGGGCGCUAUAAGGAAUAUGUUGUAAUUCCCAAAUACAAGAAGAACAUCAUGCUGCUCGGAGAUGGAAUUAACAAGACUAUCAUCACCGGAAAACAUAAUUUCGUCGAUGGUUGGACUACUUUCAAUUCAUCUACCUUUGCUGUUUCGGGAGAGCGAUUUGUGGCCAUUGAUGUUACCUUCAAAAACACAGCAGGUCCAGAAAAGCACCAAGCGGUGGCAGUAAGAAACAAUGCAGACUUCUCCACAUUUUAUAGGUGCAGUUUCGAAGGGUAUCAAGACACACUCUAUGCACAUUCUCUAAGGCAGUUCUACAAAGAAUGUGACAUAUAUGGAACUGUGGAUUUCAUCUUCGGCAAUGCUGCUGCUGUCUUCCAGAGUUGCAACUUGUACGCGCGUAAACCCAUGCCGAACCAGAAAAACGCAUUCACAGCGCAGGGACGAACUGACCCGAAUCAAAACACGGGAAUCUCAAUUCACAACUGCACUAUUGAAGCGGCACCAGACUUGGCAAUGGACUUGAACUCAACCCUAAACUUUUUGGGAAGGCCUUGGAAGGUGUAUUCUAGGACUGUGAUCAUGCAGUCUUAUAUUGGUCCUCUGAUUAGUUCUGUUGGAUGGUUGGAAUGGAAUGGGACUGUUGGAUUAGACACCUUAUAUUAUGGUGAGUUUGAGAAUCAUGGACCUGGAGCUAAUACCAGUAGCAGAGUGCAAUGGCCUGGUUACAGUCUUAUGAAUGCCACACAAGCUCUCAAUUUUACAGUGACCAACUUCACAUUGGGAGACACUUGGUUGCCUUACACAGAUAUACCUUUCUUUGCAGGAUUAAUUGGAAAUUAA